AUGACCACGCUAUCUGCAAUACAAGCGCAGCAGGAUUUCAUCGUCAAGCCUAGUGAGGCUGCUGCCCCUUUGGAUACGUCUCAGUGGCCAUUGCUAUUAAAGAACUACGAUAAGUUAUUGGUUAGAUCGAAUCACUAUACGCCAUUACCAUAUGGCUGUAGUCCUUUGAAGAGAGACCUCACCACGUAUAUUAAAUCCGGUGUUAUCAACCUCGACAAACCUUCAAACCCAUCAUCCCAUGAAGUUGUUGCGUGGAUCCGUAGAAUGCUGCGUACAGAGAAGACUGGUCAUUCAGGUACUCUCGAUCCAAAGGUCACUGGCUGUCUCAUUGUCUGUAUUGACCGUGCCACCCGUCUCGUCAAGUCUCAGCAAGGUGCAGGAAAGGAGUAUGUAGCAGUCCUCCGCCUCCACAACAAGCUCGAUGACGCAGCCACACUCCCACGCGCCAUGGAAACACUCACUGGUGCUCUCUUCCAACGUCCACCACUGAUUUCCGCCGUCAAGCGCCAGCUGCGUAUUCGUACCAUCUAUGAAAACAACCUGAUUGAGUUCGACAACGAGCGCGGUCUCGCUGUGUUCUGGGUGAGCUGCGAGGCUGGUACGUAUAUCCGUACGCUGUGCGUCCACUUGGGUCUCCUCCUCGGUGUAGGUGGACACAUGCAAGAAUUGCGUCGUGUGCGUUCAGGUGCGAUGGCUGAAGAUGACGAUAUCGUAUCGAUGCACGAUGUUCUCGAUGCGCAGUGGGUUUACGAUAACACGCGCGAUGAAUCCUACCUCCGUCGCGUUAUCCGCCCUCUCGAGGCACUUCUCGUCAACUACAAGCGUGUGGUGGUUAAAGACUCAGCUGUCAACGCCCUCUGUUACGGUGCUAAGCUCAUGAUUCCAGGUCUGCUUCGCUACGAGAAUGGCAUCGAGGUUGGCGAAGAGGUCGUUCUGAUGACCACUAAGGGUGAGGCUAUUGCCGUUGGUAUCGCGCAGAUGUCCACAGCUGAUCUCAGCACCGUCGACCAUGGCGUAGUUGCCAAGAUUAAGAGGUGUAUCAUGGAACGUGACUGGUUCCCAAGGAAGUGGGGUCUCGGACCUCGUGCUCAGCAAAAGAAGAAGAUGAUCAAGGAUGGCAGUCUGGAUAAGUUUGGCAGACACAACGACGCUACACCGGAGAACUGGAAGAAGGGCUACGUCGACUACUCAGCUACAGAGACAGUAAUCCCAACACAGAAUGAACCAGCAUCGGUGAAAGAGGAAGUCAAGGUGUCGAAACCAGCAGACUCACCAAUGAAAGUAGAGAAAGAAGUCAAGGUGGAGAGUGCAGAAGAUGACGCCGAAGCGCUGCGUAAGAAGGAGAAGAAGGAUAAGAAGCGCAGACGCUCAGAAGCCAAUGAAAAUGAGGAGGAGGAGGAUGAAGAGGACAGGAAGCGCAGAAAGGCUGAGAAAAAGGCCGCAAAAGCUGCUGCAAAAGAUGCCAAGGAGUAG